AUGCACGUGGCAGAUGCAUCGCACCUCGUUGUGCGUGAUCUGCCGUCACAAGGACUUGAAGGCGCAUUCAGAGUACAUCUUCUGCCAGAAAGUCUUCAACAGGCAGGACUGAAAGUUGGCGACGUAUGCAAAAUCACAAGUGAAGACGGAAGCAUCGGUCAUGGCAUCGCAUGGCGAGCUGACGAUCGCAUGGGCAACCGACCGAAGCUCCGACCUGCCAAAAUGACCCACACCUUCCGCGCUGCGUGUGGCUUUGAGGAAGGCUCGAAGGUCACCAUUGCUGCGAGUGACGCCAGUGUUUUCCGAGCCGACAAGAUCCUGCUCACCGACAUCACACCAUCUGAGUACAAGAGACCCGACGAUGUUGACGACGCCUGCUGGAAGAUACGCAUUGCACACCAGUUCAGCGGCCUGCCGGAUGUCACUGAGAAGCUCAAUUACCAGCUGUCAGUUCUUCUGGCCCAGCCAGAACUAUUCGACAGGCUGAGAAAAUCUUUUCACGUCAACGAGCCAAUACUCAUUCACGGGUAUGAAGGAACUGGAAAGUCAACACUGCUCAAUGCACUCGCGGACUGUGCCUUCAAGAAGGUGUUACGGCUCGACAAACCUUGCUUGAAUGGCGGAAGCCUGGCAAAGAACCAGCAGAUCAUCAGAGACACUUUCGCCGACGCGAAAGAGAAUGAGCCAUCCAUCAUCCUGAUGGACGACCUGGAGAAGCUUGCGCCCCAUGACGAUGUCGCCUACGCUGGCAUUCUUGGCAAAGAGCUGGACGCAAUUCAUAACAAGCAUAUCAUGGUCGUUGCUGCAACAAGAGUGGUCGCCGAUGUCCAAAGCGUGCUCAUACAGCCCCCUAGAUUCGAUUUUCAGAUCGAACUGCCGAUUCCGGAUGUUUCUGCUCGAGAGCAGAUCCUAAAUGUGCUGAGACGCAAGCCAGCCUUCGCAAAAGACUCCGUUUCUUCGGAGACCUCUAUACGGACGCACGGCUUCACGGGCAAAGACCUCGCUAUACUUCACGCUCGCGCCAACCACUGUGCUAUGGUCCGCUUCCGACGAGCGAUAGAGGAGCUCACAAUGGAUAGAUCAUCGAAACCGCCCGCAUACGAACAGGCAAUUGGCGCUUCACCCACCCCCAACGAGCCAAAUCCAGAUAUAACACUUCGCGACUUUGAAGUAAUACUCGCGUCAGGCGCCGUAAAGCCCGCCGCACUUCGCGAGUUCUUCACGGAGAAGCCAUCGAUUUCCUGGGCCGACAUUGGUGGCUCGAGUCAAAUGAAGGAGAGCUUCGAUCGGUCCAUUGGCUGGACGCUGAAGCACGAGUAUAAAGACCAGAUGGCCGAAAUGGAUCUCUCACCACCAAAGGGAGUUCUCCUUUACGGUCCUCCAGGAUGCUCGAAAACUCUUACAGCACAAGCUGUGGCCAAUUGCUACAACUUGAACUUCAUCGCGAUCAAAGGCGCAGAGUUGAUCAGCAUGUACGUUGGCGAGUCGGAGCGAGCAAUACGAGAGGUCUUUCGCAAAGCUCGGGCAGCCUCUCCUUGCGUCAUAUUCUUCGACGAGAUCGACUCAAUCGGCUCCGACAGAGACAGCGGCACCAAAGGUCUGAAUGUCGUCAGCACACUCCUGAACGAGAUGGACGGCUUCGAGACACUCAAGGACGUCUUCAUCUUGGCUGCGACCAACAAGCCCGAAAUCCUUGAUCCAGCACUAAUUAGGCCUGGACGUUUCGAUAAACUCGUAUUCGUCAGACCUCCAAAUGAUGUUGCGCGACAAGAGAUUCUGAUGAUUGCGACUCGGAAAGUGUCUCUCUCCGCUGAUAUAAUCAUUGAUACCCUGGUAGCAGAGACGGAAGGCUAUAGCGGGGCGGAGAUCAAGCGUAUCUGCCAUGUGGCUAAGGAGAUUGCAUUGCAGAGAUGGUACACUGGCCAGGGUGAAGCGAGGAUUUGUGCAAGUGAUUUUGAGGAAGCACUCCAUAAAGUCAAGAGAGGCAUCAGCCCCGAAAUGCUUGCUGCAUAUGAGGCUUUCGAGAGUGGCGCGAAGGCUUGA